AUGUCAAACUCUAAAGAAACAUUGGAUCCCACUGCUGCUGAGAACCAUUUGGAUAAGCAUUCAUCGCCGGUUGCAGCAUCAACCGCGCAAGACCCAUCCACUUCAACUACCUCUGGCGCGGAGGAUAAAACUGAAAACGGACAAAACUUGCCGACAGAUGUUUCCCCCAAUGAAAAUGCCGAUCCACCUCCAGCCAAGGGAAAGGUUAAGGUAAGAAAAACGACAUCGUCUACACCCCUUCGCACACGCUCUGGUUUGGCACGACUUCCAAUAAUGCGAGCUCGCUCUACGGCUAAGCUUGUGAAAGUUAAGUCUACUGACAAGGAACAUCACGUUAGUUGGCUUGCCCCCUCUUCCUCGAAAUCGUCUUCACAGAGUCUGCCAACUGCUCUCCCUAACUCUCAACUACCGGCGAACGCACAACAAAUUCAGGACCAGGUCAGUAGAAUGUCUGCACUCUCCAUUCAAAGCUCUGUGAACCAAACACUUGCUCCAAAUAAAUUCACAACCACUGUAAGUCAAGGUACGUUUGUUCCGAGCGCCUGCAGUUCGACAGUUUUUGAAAUACAAAACAGUCAACAAACUAGUAGAGGACAACCGGCUGUUGCACCGCAGACUGGUUACGUAUUAACAAAUUCUUCCAGUGCGUAUCAAAGCAACCAGAAUUUAUUCAACGGUGCAGGGACUGGAGUUAAUCAUCAAAGAGGUCUAUUUAAUAGUUCAAAUUCGUUAUUUGGUGGUUCGCGUCAGAAUAACAACACCCAGUCCGUGCAGAACAACGUCAGCAAUUCUUUACAUAAUCCCACUUUUAGUCUUCCAUUUUCUCAACCUUCUCAAUCCUUCGCAUGUCCUCCGUCCCAGGCACUUCCUCAUCUCGCUUCAACCCAGUUCUCAUGCAACAAUAAUUCCGCUUCCAUCCCUUAUGCACAAUUCCAUAAUCAGUCUGGACAUUACGGUUAUCUACCUGCUGCCCCCUCUAUGAACUACAGCAACAUGCCAUCUUCGAUACCUGCACAAUCUCUUUUUCAUUCAACAGCUGACAUAACACUGUCCACUUCCCAAAUAGCCGCACGGCAAGUCAUUAGCAAAGAUUUACCAGUGUUUAAUGGCAACCCCGAGGAGUGGCCAGUUUUCAUUACGAAUUACAUGCAAUCGACUGAAAGGUGCGGCUUUACAGAACAAGAAAAUUUAAUACGUUUGCAGAAAAGUUUGAAAGGGCAGGCUUUGGAGGCCGUAAGGGGGAAGCUUAUGGUACCCGCUACUGUAAAUUUUGCAGUGGAGACUUUGCGCAUGUUAUAUGGUAGGCCGGAGAUAAUUCACCUGACUCUGCAAAAAAAACUCAAAGAGCAUCCAGCUGUUCGAAAAGAAAAAUUGGAGACUCUCAUUCAUUUUGCUCUCGCUGUACAAAAUUAUCGUACUACUAUGCAGGCAAUGGGUCUCUCUGAGUAUUUAAAUGACCCAAUGCUCUUAAAUGAGCUGGUAGACAAAUUGCCGUGCGAUUUGAAACUAGAUUGGGGUAGAUACCGUUUCUCUUCGUCUCAUGUUGAUAUUUCUGUAUUUGAUGGGUGGCUUUACAAUUUAGCGGCUUGCGCAUCCCAAGUGACGUCAUUUGUGCCAACAUGCAAUGACGAAUCUAAAAAGCAUAUAAAAGAACGCAUAAACGUACAUGACGUCACGGAUGACAAAAAAGAGGGAGCUAACACAGCAAUUGUAUGUUCUAAAUGUAAACAAAGCCAUAGACUAGCCGAAUGCCCAGAAUUCUUGUUGCUCACUAUCAACGAAAGAUGGAAUUAUAUACGAGAAAACAAUCUCUGCUUGCGUUGCUUCAAGAAACACUCACUGCGACGUUGUUAUUGGAAAAGACAAUGCGGAGUGGACGACUGCACAAAACCACACAACCCCUUACUACAUAAAAACGAAUCUAGUGAAAAUAAAAAUAAAACAAUCGAAUCGCAAGAGCCACACUUGAAUUUAAAUACUUCUGUCAUGUUUCAUAAAAGGGAAAGUAAGGCGCUAUUUCGCUACAUUCCUGUUACACUUUAUGGAAAAUCGCAUUCAUUAAACACGUUUGCCCUCAUUGAUGAGGGAUCGUCGUGUACACUCAUCGAAAACGAGCUCGCCAUGCAGUUAGGCCUAAGCGGGCCCACAGAGGAGUUGUGCUUGCAAUGGACGGGUGACGUUACACAAAUAGAUGAGAUGUCAAGAAUAGUUUCGUUACGUGUAUCAUCACACUUGCAACCAGAGAGCAAAAUGGAAAUGCGAAAUGUAAGAACUAUUGCAAAUCUUAGUUUGCCUAUACAAACCCUCACAAAAGAAAACAUAGAGAGCUGUGAAUAUUUGGCAAAUUUGCCGAUUACACCAUAUCAAUCGGCUAAAGCAAGAAUUCUUAUCGGAAUCGAUAAUGCAAAGCUUUGUGUUCCUCUGGAAAUUCGAGAAGGCACAAAUAAUGGGUUAAUCGCUACAAGAAGUCGAAUCGGAUGGGGUGUAUAUGGACGACCUACUGCCGAUAAAACUCCCAUACACAGGUUAAUGCACGUCUGCCCUCAUAAAAUAGACGAUCGCUUGGAUGACUUAUUGCAACAUUACUUUUCCUUAGACUCGGUGGGCAUAAGUAUAAGCAAAGACCCUCUUCGAUCUAAAAACGACGAGCGAGCGGUAAAAAUCAUGCAAUCAAACACUAAAUAUAUUGAAAAGGAAAAGGUAUGGGAGACUAGUUUGUUAUGGAAGUAUGACAACAUAAACCUUCCAAAUUCCUUUUCUAUGGCUUGUCGAAGAUUGUAUUGUCUUGAAGCUAAAAUGAAUAAAAACCCUCCUUUGAAAUUAUUUCUUCUGGAAACGCUUCAUGACUAUAGACAAAAGGGGUACAUAAGGAAGUUGGAGGAAAAUGAGAUAACCUCAGACGGGAAAUCAUGGUACAUCCCCAUUUUUACAGUCACUAAUAAGAACAAGAACAAGACACGCAUUGUUUGGGACGCCGCGGCCGCAGUUGAUAAUACUUCGCUGAAUACAGUACUCUUAAAAGGGCCAGACCUGCUUAACAAUUUAUUGGGUGUUUUGCUUCGUUUUCGUGAGAGAUCAAUUGCUAUCUCGGGUGACAUUCGUGAAAUGUUUCACCAAAUCCGCAUUGCAAAAGAAGACCAGCAGGCUCAAAAGUUUUUAUGGCGUAAUGGAAUGGAUAAAGAUAAAAUUGAUGUGUAUGCAAUGACAGUCAUGACCUUCGGUGCCUCCUGCUCCCCUUCUUUGGCCAACUUUAUAAAAAACAAAAAUGCCGAGCGCUUUGCAUCUAAAUAUCCGAAAGCUGUGCAUGCAAUUUUAAAUAACAUGUUUGUGGACGAUUGGCUUCAAAGCCUAGACUCAGAUGAGGAGAUGAUAGAAAUGGCAAAAAUUGUUCGAUUUAUUCACGAAGAAGGGGGAUUCGAAAUGCGUAACUGGCUUUCUAAUUCGGAUAGAGUUCUGGGCGAGUUGCAGAAGCCUAAAACGCAGUUACAAAAAUCUAUUGCAGAUCUGGAUGGAAAGUUUGAGAAGGUCUUAGGUAUGUGGUGGACCCCAUCGCAUGACGAACUUACCUUUAUUGGAAAAUUUGGUGCUGAAGUGUUUGACGAAAGUAUCAUACCUACAAAAAGAAGCGUUUUACGGGUGAUAAUGUCUAUUUUCGACCCAUUAGGACUUUUGGGUCAGUUUGUCAUUCAAGGAAAGAUCAUUAUGCAGGAAAUUUGGAGGUCAGGAGUGAAUUGGGAUGAACCCCUUUGCGACAAAGAGUGUGAGAAAUGGCGAGCUUGGACAUGUUUGUUACCGAGUUUAUCAAAUGUUCGCAUACCAAGAUGUCACGGCCAUUCUUCAAAUGUUCAGCUUCACACGUUUGUAGAUGCAAGCAUCGAUGCUUAUGCUGCGGUGACUUAUUUAAGGGUCGAAAGCGAAGGUAACGUAAAAUGUAGCCUGAUCGCUUCUAAGACCAAGGUGGCGCCAUUAAAGCCUAUUUCUGUCCCAAAACUGGAAUUAAUGGCUGCUAUCAUUGGAUUGCGACUGUCUAAUUUUGUCAUGUUUUAUACUGGAUUAGAUCAGACGCGAGGAAAUUCCAGCAAUUUGUGGCAGUACGAGUCGGAGAAAUUUUAG